AUGUCCUCCUACACCCCGGCCCAGCUAGACGCCUACUUUGAGCGCAUCGACUACCCGCGCUCCGCCCACCCAGAGGGGCGCCUUGCUCUCGUAGACGCCCUUCAAGCCCGCCAGCUCGCCUACGUUCCCUUCGAGGACUUGACUCUGCACUACUCCCCUCAUCGCGUCUUGUCGCUCGAGCCAGAUGACCUCUUCGAGAAGAUCGUCCAACAACGGAAGGGAGGCUACUGCAUGGAACUCAACACCCUCUUCGGUGCCGUGCUACGAGGUCUGGGCUUCAAGGUGAUGCAUCUCGGAGGGAGGGUGAUGACCCCGGACGGCUGGACCGGCAUGUCACACAUGGUCAACAUCGUCACCGUAGACAACCAGCGCUACCUCGUCGACGUAGGCUACGGCCGCGGCGGGCCCAUGCGGCCCGUCCCCCUCGUCUCAGGCUCCGAGUUCGACCAGAUCGCCCCGGCGAGGGGACGCCUUCUCUACACCUCCCUCCCGGAACACAGCGACCCGUCGCAGAGGGUGUGGCUGUACUCCACCGCCGAGCCCGGUGCGGGCGGGGAAUUCAAGCCGCAGUACUGCUUCGUCGACGUCGAGCUCUUCCCCGCGGAUUACGAGGUCAUGAACUUCUCCACCAUGACGGCGCGGACGAGCCUCUUCGUGCAGUAUGUGCUGGCCGUGCGCGCUGUGCUGGAUGAGGAGAAGAACGAAGUGAUCGGAUUGGUCACCUUGUUUGGCGAUUCGCUGAAGAAGCGCGUGAGAGAUAAGGUGGAGCUGGAGGAGAAGCUGGGUAGCGAAGCACAACGGAUAGAGGCUUUGGAGAAGUGGUUCGGGCUUGUGUUGAGCGAGAAGGAGAAGUCGGCGAUCAAGGGCACCGCUGUGGAAAUUCUGGAGAAGACGGGGUAG